AUGCGGAUCAAGAUCAAAUAUAAUCGGCGGACAAUACUGCUCAGAGUUCCAGCUCAGCCUUUAGUAUUGGUCCCUCAACCGACAGCUCUAGUUCGUUUGCAGAUGCUGCGUGCAUGGACACUUCACGGUGGUGUUAGGCACGGCCAUAAUUAAUAUUAGGGACGCCCGGGAUCAAGUUCACGCUAUUCGGGUACUCCUUGGUAGCGGAUCCCAAAUCACGGCUGUUUAGCUCGAUUAGGGCUCCCUAAGCGUCAUAUUAUGUCCGAUAUCGCGGGUCUUGCGCGGUCCAGUGUCUCACGUGGAGGGUGUAACCAGUUGUAAAUUUUCGCCGAACUUAAAAUCGGACUAUGUGUUCCCGUCGGUUAGCCUGGUCAUCUUAACGCAGAUUACCACUGCUAUGCCGUCCAUAUAUCUACCGUAAAGCGUGCAUUAACGGUAUCAACAUCUCCGACUCGCUGAUAAGGACUUUGACAUUCCGUCGCGCAUUGAUGUUCUAUUCGGUGUAGACAUUUUACCUUGUCUUAUCUGCCCGUACGCCGGUAUUAAACAUCAUACUGGUUUACCAUUUGCGUUAGAUACUCAGCUCGACUGGAUAGUUUUCUCGACAUCUAACACUCCACCUUUGGUCACUUGAACGACCGCUGUCGAUUCACUUGUCGGUGACCUAUUGCAAAACUUUUGGGCAGUCGAAGAACCGUCCACACCAAUAUCACUCACCGCUGAAAAUCAGUGGUGUGGUGAAUAUUUCGAAAAUUCUACGUUACGUGAUUCCUUGGGCCGAUUUUGCGUCGCAUUAUUAUUCCGUGAUUUCUUUAGUUAUUCGGUAGAUCAUCAAGCUUCGUCGUCUUAUGGCCUUGGUGUGUCUCGGUCGAUGGCUUUGAAACGUUUUUAUAACCAUGAGAGACGGUUAACAAAGGAUUCCGAGCUUUACGCUGCUUAUCGGCAGUUCAUGUCCACAUACUAGCAUUGGGUCAUAUGGUGCCAGCUCCAGAGCCUGGAAAAUAUUUUAUUCCACACCACGCUGUGCUCAAGGCCAUCAGCAGUAUGUCAAAAAUACGCGUAGUCUUCGAUGCUUCUUCCAUCUCCUAAUCUGGUCGUUCUUUGAACGAUGUACUGUGUACCACUCCCAAAUUGCAAACGGACUUGCGUGACAUCUUACUUCGUUGCCGAGUGAACAGAUAUAUUUUCACCGCCAACAUUGUAAAAAUGUACCGACAAAUUUUAAUCCGCUCGAAAGAUCGCGUCUUCUAACACAAAUUUUGGCAACGAUAUCCAAAAAUUUCAACUGGGAACGAAGUUCCUUGCAAUCCGUUGUCUAGACGAACUUGAUGCCCAAGACGGUCAUCGCUUUCCAUUAGCAAGUAGUGUCCUCAUUCAAACAGCCUAUGUCGACGACGUUGUUAUCGGUGCUGAUAUUGAAGAACAACUAUUUCCUCGAAAACAUGCUUUUAUAUGUUUACUUCGCAGCGGAGCUUAUGGGUUAAACAAGUGGACGAGUAACAGUGCCCACGUCGUCGAGUCUCUCCUUUCUGAAGAUCGAAUUGCUUUCGUAUCAUUUGACCUAUGGGACGAGAAUUCGGUUAAGAUCCUUGGUCUCCAUUGGGACACGAGUAACGACAACUUCGCCUAUCACAUCAGCAUUCAACAAACCAGAUGUAUAAAACGUCAAGUUUUUCAGUCAUUGUGCACUUGUUUGAUCCCAUCGGCUCGCUUUGUCCGUUGUUACUGUGGGCAAAGUGCUUCAUGCAGUCGUUGUCUUCAGCAAGCUCAGGUGGAACGAUCCAAUGUCCAACGAAUUAUUGUCCACGUGACGUCAAUUCCGAUCGGAGCUGCUAGCCGUAUUCAAUUUAAAUAUCCUUGGUUAUAUUCCAGUUAUAUGUAG